CGAGCCGUUGUGGCACGGUGCCGCGGAGCGAUCGGCGGGCGCGGGCGUCACUGCUGGACGCACGACAGGUUGACUGCUUGCCAGGCGCAUGGACGACAGCUGACGGCCACGGUUCCUCUGCAGCAUUUCUUGAUUGCGCGCUGGGUUUCGCGGCGCACUGUGCAUACGAAGCACGCAUUAUCGACGAUCCUCGGAGCUCUGCGAGCUGCAGGCGCGUGUAGUCGCAAAGCGUCAGGCCCUUCACACGUACCGCCGGCCCUCACACAUAUCGGCGGCCCUCACAUACCGCCGGCCUCACGUACCGCCGGCCUUCGCACGACCACAUACCGCCACACCCCGCCACGAUGACCUCCGGCGGCAGCGACCUCGACAAGGCGAUCCAGCAGCUGCGCGCGUGUCGCCCCAUCCCGGAGAACCAGGUCCGCGAGCUGUGCUACAAGGCGCGCGAGCUGCUGAUCGAGGAGGGCAAUGUCGUCGGCGUCGACGCCCCCGUGACAAUAUGCGGCGACAUCCACGGCCAGUUCCACGACCUGAUGGAGCUGUUCCGCGUCGGCGGCGACGUGCCGGACACCAACUACCUCUUCAUGGGCGACUUUGUCGACCGCGGCUUCUACUCGCUCGAGUCCUUCCUGCUCCUCCUCUGCCUCAAGGUGCGCUACCCGGACCGCAUCACGCUGAUCCGCGGCAACCACGAGUCGCGGCAGAUCACCACCGUCUACGGCUUCUACGACGAGUGUCUGCGCAAGUACGGCAGCGCCAACGUCUGGCGCUACUGCUGCGAGGUCUUCGACUACCUCGCCCUGGGCGCCCUCGUCACCGGCGCCGCCACCUCGCUGCAGCCCACCGACGGCCCCAUCGCGUCCAACUCCAACAUCGACAGCAUCCCCGACCUCGACCAGGACAUUGAAAUCGAAACCCUCAACGCCGCCGGCGAGAUCAUGUACCGCUACGCCCGCAACUCGGACCAGUCGUCCGUCUCCGCCACGUCCGCAAACAUGGGCUCCUCGUCGCCCGUCGCGCCCCCCUCCGCCACCGGCCCCCCAGGCACCGCCGCCACCUCCUCCGCCGCGGGCUCCGCGCGCAACGACACCGGCGCCAUCCUGUGCGUGCACGGCGGUCUCUCGCCGCUCAUCGACAGCAUCGACAAAAUCCGCCUCCUCGACCGCAAACAAGAAGUCCCCCACGAAGGCGCCAUGUGCGACCUCCUCUGGUCCGAUCCCGACGAAAUCGACGGCUGGGGCCUGUCCCCGCGCGGCGCGGGCUUCCUCUUCGGCGCCGACAUCGUCAAGUGCUUCAACCACAAAAACGACCUCUCGCUGAUCGCGCGCGCACACCAGCUCGUCAUGGAGGGCUUCAAGGAGAUGUUCGACUCCACCAUCGUCACCGUCUGGAGCGCGCCCAAUUACUGCUACCGCUGCGGCAACGUCGCCGCCAUCCUCGAGCUGGGCGAGGACGGCAGCAACGCCGGCUUCCAGCGGCGUAGCAACGGGGACCGCGGCGGUGGCGGCGGUGGGUGGGUGCUCGGUAGCAACGAUGGGCCGAAUGCGGAGAGGGGUUUGGGGGGUAUGUUGGAGCGCAAUCGCGAGGGGCCGGGUCGCAGGUAUCGCGUGUUCGAGGCCGCUCCGCAGGAUUCUAGGGGUAUGCCGGCGAAGAAACCGGUUGCGGAUUACUUUCUGUAGGAGGGGAGUGGGCGGCUGCGGCAGGAAGAGGUCAAGGUGCUGGAGUGGCCCCCCACACCGGGGUUUUACAAGCACACGGUGCGGUAUUUUCUUUGAUCGCAGCGUGCAGCGUGCAGCGUGCAGCGUCGGCGAUUGGUAGUUAGCGGUUGUACAGACAGACAUGGAUACCCAAAUAAACAGUUAGAUUGGCUCG